AUGACUGCCCAACUUCUCACUGUUGUUUUCAAUGCAAUACGGAAAGCCUCCUGUGUUGCCGCUGCCGCCUGCACACAUGGAGCUUUGCCGGAUGCUAAUCUUGCCCAACUCUUGAGUGACACUCGGGAUCGAAACAAGCAUCUGGGAGAAGAAAUCAAAGAACUUCAGCAGAGGUUGGGAGAAGUACAAGGUGACAACAAGGUACGGCGUGCCUUUCUUCCCCUGGGUUUUCCUUGCAGGCAGCUGCUGAAGGACCCGCAGGUGCUGUUUGCGGGCUACAAGGUCCCCCACCCGCUGGAGCACAAGAUCAUCAUCCGGGUGCAGACCACCCCCGACUACAGCCCCCAGGAGGCCUUCACCAACGCCAUCACCGACCUCAUCAGCGAGCUCUCCCUCCUCGAGGAGCGCUUCCGCGUCGCCAUCAAAGACAAACAAGAAGGAAUUGAAUAGCAGAAUGCGCUUGGAAACGGACGAUUUUGUGUUUUUCCCCCCAGUAGCCGACUAUAUCAAAGAGCAAGGAUGCACCCGAUGUUUUCACCAGAGCUUGUAUGUUAACUAAUAAAUUAUACUUUUGUUUUUUAA